CGUGCGAUCCUAUUGGACUGUGAAGUUUUGUGAUUUAUGCGGCAAAAAAAUAAUGUGAGAAAAAGCUCCGUUAAAUGCUAACAUAUCGUAAGCAACCAGUUAACAUUAGUUAAUUUGCAAUUGCCAGACGCUUGAGAACAGCAGGCACCGUAAUACCGUUAAGAUGGAGAAGGUGAAGGAGAACACCCUGGUCCGCUCGCCGCUGGCGCUGCGCUGGCUGGUGCUGGGCGCGCUCAGCUGCGCGCUGGCGGCGCUAGCGCUGCUGGCGGCGGGGGACAUCCUGCCCGAGCCUCUCACGCAGGCCGCGGAUCCCACCAGAUUCAUCGCGGAAAAUGCACAUAAACACCUCGUUAAUCUGACUUCUAUUGGCCCUAGGGUGGCGGGCAGCUACGAGAACGAGGUGCUGGCCGUGGGCGUGCUGGUGGGCGCUCUGCGGGAAAUAGCCGCCGGCGCGGCGCCGCACCACAUCCUCGAGAUUGACGUGCACACCGCCAGCGGGGCUUUUUCGCUGUCCUUCCUGGAUGGCAUGAACAACGUGUACCGGGACGUGCAAAGCGUAGUGGCGCGUCUGUCGGCGCGCGGGGGACGCCCCCCGCCCGCCAGCCGGAGGAACGCUCUGCUCAUCAACUGCCACUUCGACACCGUGCCGGACAGCCCUGGCGCCAGCGACGACGGCGCGGGGUGCGCGGUGGGGCUCGAGACGCUGCGGGCGCUGGCCGCCGCCCCCGCCCCGCACCCGCACGACGUCAUCCUGCUGCUCAAUGGAGCUGAAGAGAACAUCAUGCAGGCUUCCCACGCGUUCAUAACGACGCACAAGUGGGCGCCGUCGGUGCGGGCCUUCAUCAACGUGGAGGCGUGCGGCGCCGGCGGCCGCGAGGUUCUGUUCCAAGCCGGCCCGCAUGACCCCUGGAUCAUGGAGGUGUACGCGUCGUCCGUCCCGCACCCGUUCGCGUCGUCUCUAGCGCAGGAGAUCUUCGAGAGCGGGCUCAUCCCGGCUGACACCGACUUCCGCGUGUUCCGGGACUUCGGCAACUUGUCCGGCGUGGAUUUGGCCUGGAGUGCUAACGGCUACGUGUACCACACGAGACUCGACACGGCGGAUCGAGUGCCGCCCGCCACGCUACAGCGGACCGGCGACAACGUGCUCGCCCUGGUCACAGGUAUAGUGAAAAGCGGUCGGUUGUCGGGCGCGGUGGAGCGGGCGGGCGGGCAGCCCGUGUUCUUCGACUCGCUGGGCGUGGGGCUGGUGCUGCUGCGCGCGCACGCCGCACUGGCCGUGGCUGCGGCGGCCAUCGCUGCUGCCUUGCUGAGGGUCAAGCUCCAUGCUGGCGCCGCCAGAGACGAGCUAUACAUGAAGCCUUGGGAGUGGGUCCGCCUGGUGGUGACCGCCGCGGCGCUGGGCGUGGUGGGCGCGCUGUGCGGGGCGGGCUGGGCCGCGGCGUCGGGCGCCGCCGUGCACGUCGCGGCGCCGCUCGCCUUCUACAGCUCGCCCUGGCUGCUCGCGCCGCUCUACACGCUGCCCGCGAUAGCGGUGUCGUGGCUGGCGACGUUAAGACUGACUCGAAACGUAGCGCCGACUCUGAGAGGCUGGGCGCGCGCGCGGCUCGCGGGCGACGCGCUCAGUGUGUGGUGGGCCUUAGCUCUGCUGCUGUGUACGCUGGCAGCCUUGCGCUCGGGAUUUAUACCAGCGCUGUGGACCAUCGGGCUGUCGGCUAGCGGCAUCGUGGCGUACCUGCUGCGGCUGCGCGGCGGCGCGGCGCUGCUGUGCGGCAGCGCGGGGGCGUGGCUGCCGGCGCUGCAGACCGGCUACGUGGCGCUCGACGCGCUCGCCAUGCUGGUGCCCAUCAUGGGCCGCGCCGGGCCCCUCCCUCACGACAUAGUGAUGGGCGCGCUGUCGUCUGCGCUGGCGCUGGCGGCGUGCUCGUGGCUGCUGCCGCUGCUGGUGGUGGCGCGGCGCCCGCGGCGGCUGGCGGCGGCGCUGCUGCUGCUGCAGGCGGCCGCCGCGGCUGCCGUGCUGCUGACGCCGCUGGGGGACCCCUACAGUCCGACGCGGCCGCAGCGGCUGAUGGUAUUCCACACGCGACGCGAGGACCAUGUGACGGGCGAGCAGCAGGACCUGUACUGGACGCCCGACCUCGACGCCAACUCGCCGCACUCGCUCGACCCCUACGUGUCGGCGUUCAGAGCGGCCGUGCCCACGUCAGCUGAGGAGUGCGCGCGCUGGGUGUACUGCGGCGCGCCCUUCUACCUGCCCGCGCUGUCGGUGGUGCCGCGCGGACACAGCGCGCCCGCGCCCGAGCCGCCGCGCACGAGGCUAGAUGUGCAGCUGCGGCUGGAGGGGCGCCCGCCCGUGCUGGCCAUGAACCUCACCGGGCCCUCGCACGUGGUGGUAAUCGUGUCCCCCGCGGAAGGCGUGCGAGUGUCCCGCUACUCGGCUAGCGGCGCGGGCGGCGGCGCCCCGCGGCCGGCGCGGCGCUGGGGCGAGCGGGAGACGUACUUCUUCGCGCUGCACGACGCGCGCGCGCCGCAACCCUGGCGGCUCGCCUUCCACUUACAGCUGGAAGCGGGCGCGCCGCCGCCUACGGCCGCGUGGGUGGCCGUGUCGGCGGCGGGGCACAGCCAGGCGGGGCCGCGCAAGGAGUCGGGCGCCCUGCGCGCGCUGCUGGCCGCGCUGCCGCCGCACGCCGCGCCCGCCGCCACCGGCUGGGGCGUGCAUCUGCACCUCUACACGCUCUAGUCCGCUGUCGUGGCACGAUGACGACACGUCAAACUGACAGAUAUAAUUAUAUCAGAAUAGAUAGUAUUAAUCUCGAAGCAUAACAAUACUAGAGAGCGGACGAGCCGCCGGCGGGUACGUCGCAGAUGAUCUCAUUGAGCACGCGGUUGUCGCGUGCGUGAGUGAUGCCGGGCUCGCUAGUCGUUCGCAAGUACACACACAUGGAAGUGAUGCGCGUGUAUUGCGCAAUAGGAGCGUCCACCUACAAGUGUGUAGAUUCAAAAACUGGCGACAGGAUUCAAUAUUCGUGCUGCAUGUCCGAUUUCCUUUCUUCCUAAGAUAUCUGUGGUAUCAAAUCUAAAUUUUCCUUAACAUUCCUCGCUGAUAUUGACUUGACUGUGCCAAUGUGAGACUAUUUUGACCGGCUAACUGGAAGGAGUGGAAGGUGAUGGCAAUCGCUUUCGUAAAACUAGUGCCUGCGCCUUAUCUUGAAUGGGAUUAGUUGUCAAAGUGGACCCCGGGCUCCCAUGAGCCGUGACAAAUGGCGGGAUAACGCUAGAAGGCUGAUGAUAACUAAGGAUCGCCAUCUUCCUAGCAAAUUGGCUCGGGCGAUGCAAGCUUGCGCGCACGGGCUCAGGCGUGUCCGCGCAAGGCAGUUGCCUCGCGAGGCUGCUCGGUCAGUGUCGACCCAGCGUAGGCUAUCAUUCAGAAAAUAUUGACACUUGUACAUUUUCACCCGAGUUAAUAGUUCGAUGGAUAAAAAUACGGUAGCAGGAUAUUUACGUACAGUAAGGGUACCUACGAGAAUUAUAUAACAUAUUUUAUCGCC